AUCUUUCAAGGAAAUAGGCAAUUUAAAUCCUAUCUCCCUUGUGGUUUCUCUUAACUAAAAUCAAUCCACAAGAAGCAACAUGGCUUCUAUUCUCACCUUCCUCACAGCCAUUGCUUUUGUGGCUCAAUCAUUUCAAAACUACAUGAUCCAGAGGCUGCACACACUGUACAAGCAUUAUGGAUAUGCUGGUGCAGUGAAGGAAAAUGAAGAGCAUGAGAGUGAUUAUUAUUGUUCAGUGUGUCUAAGCCAAAUUUGUAAAGGGGAAAAGGUUAGGUCUCUUCCAGUAUGCAAGCACAGAUAUCAUGUUGAUUGUAUUGGUGCUUGGUUGAAGAACCAUACCACAUGCCCUCUUUGUAGGAACAAAAUCACUGACCAGAAACAUAGACAGGUGAAGAAUUUAGGAGAAUCAAUGUUUAAUCUAAUGCAGAGUUUCUCUGAUCUUUUGGUAUCUCUUCUCUACAUCAUUCUUCCAUCUAGCAUCACCCAGAAUUUCCCUUUGGUUCGUUGAAACUUCUCUGUGCACAUAACUAAUACCAGUAUCAGUCGCAUACUUGUUUGUAUAUGUAACUAUGUAUGUUUAGUAUGCAUAAAUUAAUAAAUCAGGAUCACUUCCAUUCAUGCAAUUGCUAAUAUUUUUAUUCCUUGCUUGUUUGGCCCUGGGAAACAUAUCUAAUUGUUCCUAAUCAUGCUUGAUUCCUUCAAUUUUUG